UAGGAGGGUCCACCCAAAUGUGGUCUGUGAGUGCAUGGUUGUGGUUAGGUUUGGUUGGUUGGUUGGGUGGUUCAGCCCAGCGUUCGCUCUCUAACAACGUUGAAUGGGUUUACUUCGUUCAGGUGUGAAGUUUCAUUUUCUUCAGAAACCAAGGAUUAAUUGUACGAUUGGUCAACAAAUUCCAUCCUGAGUUUUCUUUUGUCCUGGUUGUUCUACUAUGCCAUCCUCUUCCUCGUCCGAGGAAGACCUGUCGAAAUUCAGAGAAGCGACAGACAGCACUCUUUACAAUGAGUCUCUUUUUAAAGGAAAACAAGCCCAGCCAGACGAAAAGCCAGUUAUUAUUGCCCCUCCAUCUCUUCGAUACAUUGAGGAAGAGGAGGACAGAAUCCACAAUGAACUGAAAGUUACUCCGUCAUUUCAAAAGCAUGUUGCCAAGCACCUUUCAAAACUACUUGAUAGGCAGUUGGAGUUGAAGGAUAAGAGCGCAGAAAAUUCUAAUCCUCCCAUUGAAUCAAGGAACGUCCUCAAAGCAAAACGUGGUAAAAAUUCAAGUAGUACAGAUGUCAGCAGUAGUGGAGGAGUUCGCCUUCUUGGAGCAUCUGCUGUGUUUCUCUCCAACUUGAAUAUAGUACCUAGCACCAAUCGCCGAAGAAAACGAGGACGGAACAUAGCUUGUUUUUCAAGUGGCAGUGAGUCGUCGAGUGAAGAAAUUGACAGUGAUGAUGCUGCUGCUGAUAUCUCUCAAAAUAGAGUGCUGAGUGGGAAUGCAUCGAAAGGAUUCAAAAUUUCAAAGCCUUUAUUAACAGAUCCUUCCAAAGAUGAUCUUUCUAGGGGCUAUGAGUCUCUUAACGAAAUUGGUAGCAAUAGUAAUCCUCUCUCUAUAGAGGCAUUAAGUUUGGGAGCUAAAGAUGACAUGGCAUUUCUCAGUCUACAUAAAAAGAAGAAUGCUGCUCAUUUUGAGUCUGAAUUAGCAGCAUCAGUAAGUUCUAUGUUAAGUUUAGGUUCAGACUCUCAAGGUGACUUGCCUAAAAUAAAAAAGAAAAAGAUGAAAAAAAAGAAAAAGCGCCGGAAAGAGCAGUACUCGGAGGAUGCUACCACAGAAACAACUGAAGUGGAAGACAUUGUUGAAGAAAGGAGGAAGAAAGUUAAGAAGGCAAAGCGAAGAAGACGUGAUGAAAAGAAGGCAGAAGAAAUGGCUGUUAUUAGGGAAUGUGUUCCAGGUUUGUUAGAGGAGACUGAAGAAAAUGUAAAAUGCAAGGAGUGCAAAAAGAAAAAGAAAAGAAUGAAAGUUAAGGGUGAAGAGUCGUAUUUCAAGAAACAAAAAAGUCGUUUUAAAUUAUCUAAGUCUUCAAAAACAAUAUCUAAGAAGAAAAUGUCCAAAAAUGUUUCACUCCUGUCAGAGGAUCUUGCCAAGCUCAUGAUGAAUCCAAACGAAGCAUCUUAAUUCCUUUAAACAGUAACUAUGGGGUGAGUUGAAUGUCUGCCAUAAGUCUUAUUUCUUUUGAACAAAUUUUGAUGAAUUGUAUCAAAUUUGCAUUUUGUCUACACUGCCUUGUCAAACUGAGUGUUGUGGAACUAAGACUUCAUAGACAAUCUAGUCUCUCUGAAACAAAAUUAAAAAGAAAUGUUUUGGGUGAAUUUUCAUUUGGUAGAGCUUUAUUUAUGUGGCUGUGAAAAUCUUGUUUUGUUAAACUUUGCAAUUCAUCAAUUGGGAAGAAUAUCUGUUCCUUCUAGUGUGUGAAACUAUGAAAUGACAUGCUCACACCCUAUCCUAUGUUCUAUUAAAUACCAAGUAGGUAUUUGAUAUUGUGCUGUGAAGAAGACUGAUGUUAAAAAUGCUCAACCAUGUAAAUCAUUGUUUUUGAAGUCUUCUUACAAAUUGUAAAUGGAUUUGAUUUGAAAGCCAUUACAGAGGGGCUGGAUGAUGGUGGAGGAUGGACUUGGGCUUCUUGCUCCUACAUUACUACACAUCCUGUUAGUGACUUUUCUAAUCAAUAUUUAGUGAAGGUUAAGGAACAUUAAGUAGAAUGUUUUAGCAAUUGUUUUCUGUUUCAAGAAUUACAUCUGUCAUAGUUCAAUGUACCUGAGAUACUUUUUAAUUUUACUUUUGAUUUUAGUGACACUCAAGCUGUCAAUUACUGUAUUUCUAUGAACUUCUCACCUGUAAAUCCCAACCUUUUAAAAAUGAUAUUUGGUGCUCUAUUUAGAGAGAGAAGCCUUAAUAAAAUUGUGAUAAAUGAGAAUCAAUCAA